GCCGUAUUUCUCUCUCUCUCUCUCUCUCUCUCUCGCUCGCUCGCUCGCUCGCUCGCUCGCUAGGCUUCAACUGUCUCGCCGACUGUCGCUCUUCGAUCACUCACUCAAAGUCAAAAAUAGAGCAUUGUCGAGUGAAACCUUAGAAGCUUCUUUGAGCUCAAGGGCUUACCUUUUUUGGUCUGAUGAUCUGCUACUGUCUUCUUGGCCAUGGUGAAGACCAAGCAAUCUUCCAAUAGUGGUCGAGCCGGUCCGCGAAGGAGGUUAGGUUCAAAUCAAUCCGCGGUACAGAAGCAGCAGGAAAGAGAAUCCAGAGAUACUACCUCUGCUCCAGAAUCGAACCGCGCAGUAGGUGGCGCGGAGAAUGCUGGGCAACCUCAUGACGGAGGAACUCGAAAUGAAGCGGCGGGGGAAGCACGCCGGCGCGUGAAGCACAGAUUCAAACCGGGUACUGUGGCACUUAAGGAGAUUAGGAAGCUUCAGAAGACUUGGAAUAAUCUGAUCCCUGCCGCAGCAUUCAUAAGAAUUGUCAAGGAUAUGACAUUCUUUUAUUCAAAGGAGGUUAACCGUUGGAGAGCUGAAGCUUUGGUUGCCCUUCAAGAGGCAGCUGAAAGUUUUGUAAUAGAGUUGUUUGAGGAUGCAAAUCUAUGUGCCAUUCAUGCAAAGCGUGUGACCCUAAUGCAAAAGGACCUUCAUUUAGCGCGGAGGAUUGGUGGAAGGCGGCAUUGGUGAUUUUUAUAAACAACUAUAUUGGUGUUGGCAAAAUUAUUAGUCCCUCGCCAAAUUUAUAGAUUUCUCUAUCGUAAGAGUUCCAUUCUCAUUUAUACCUUCAUUUGAUGUCUUAGUGCUUUAUUUUGUGCAAGUUUUGUAUGCUAUUUAAGCAAAACUACUUCUAAAUUAGUUGGAUAUUGAUUUCUCUCGGCA